AUGAUAGCGCAAAAAGGUCGAAAAUUGAAGCAAUAUGUUUUGGAAGAGAAACUUGACAUUAUCGAUUAUGCUAAAAUAAUUGGAAAUCGAGCAGCCGGACGAGAAUUUAAUGUUGCAGAAAGUUCAAUACGUGAAUGGAGGAAGAAUGAACAAAGGCUUAGGUCAAUGUUUGAAACUACACCAGAAAGAUCACGAUUAGAUGGCGGUGGACGAAGACCAGUUUCCGAAGAUCUUGAAAAGAGUUUGGUUAGUUAUUAA